ACUACCAGGCAUUUAGUUGGAAAAGCAUCCAGGAACUUUAGGGUAUACGCCCAUUUGACCCUAAUUUUUAAUCAUGCAGGCUGUACGCUGCCGAAUUCAGUGCACAAACUACAGUAUAUAGAGACAAAUUGCUUCUGGUACCCUACGUAAACUGGGUUAUGAACUGUCCUGAUGUCAUCAAUGUUAGGGAAUCGAUCUACAUUCUUGAUGGUUCGGCAAAGCGCGACCCACUUGUACAAAUGGUGUGUCAAAAAAAACACAACUCCGAUUAAUACGCCGAAACCCGCUGAAAACAACAUUGUUGAGCCCGCUAGCAUGUGGGCUCUGAAUCGAAAAAAGUGAACAGGGUGCACCCAAAUCAGAUUUGUUCAGUUUCAAAUGCUUGUAAGCUUCAUCGGAUCAACAUUUCUGCUGAGGAGUCCAAUUUCUUAUGGCAUUUCUUCAAUUAGGCGCACAGUUUGCAGCUUCAUGAUUUCUUAAGCCCCUUUUGUGGGUGUUGAAAUCCAAAUAUAUACCCAUUAUGGCCAGGGAAAGGUCUGCAACACCCAGCAAACUUUACCAGGAGGGUUUUCAAAAGAAGAAUCUGACCUGGGUAUUUGGAGUUUCAGUGCUCUGUACCUUCUUUUACUUUCUAGGAAUGUGGAAAAAUACUUCGGUCUUAAAUACAGCAGCUGUAAAACUGGCAUUUUCACAAGUAAUUCCCUGUCGUUCGCCGUCAAAUCCUCCAAAACCCGAAUUUGUGUAUCUAGAUUUCGAGGCUCAUCAUUUGGGAGUAGCUCCUUUGGAUAAUGCUUCAGAGUCUGAGAUACCCAUCAUGUUGAAGCCCUGUGAUAUGCAGUACAGCGAGUAUACUCCCUGUGAGGAUAUUGAACGUUCGAGGAAGUUUGACAACCACAGGUCAUUCUUCAGAGAGCGUCACUGCCCAGAAAAGAAUGAACUUUUCAGAUGUCUGAUACCUGAUCCACCUGGAUACAGGACUCCAUUUCGGUGGCCACAGAGCAUGGAUUUUGCUUGGUAUGCCAAUGUACCUCACAAGGAACUUACUGUUUCGAAGGCUGAUCAGAACUGGAUUAAGUUUCAGGAGGAUCGAUUUCGCUUUCCUGGUGGCGGAACAUCGUUUCCAAAUGGUGCAAAACGGUAUAUUGAGGCAAUUGGAAAGUUAAUUCCUUUAACUGAUGGGUCUGUAAGGACUGCCCUUGAUACAGGCUGUGGGGUUGCAAGCUGGGGUGCUUACCUAUUCAAAUACAAGAUUUUGACCAUGUCUUUUGCUCCAAAAGAUAUACAUGAAGCACAGGUGCAGUUUGCUUUGGAGCGGGGAGUGCCAGCCAUGAUUGGGAUAUUGGGCACUCGUAGACUUCCUUACCCUGCAAGGGCUUUUGACAUGGCUCACUGUUCCCGGUGUCUGAUUCCAUGGACUGAUUAUGACGGCGCCUUCUUGAUAGAAAUAGAUAGAGUCUUAAGGCCUGGUGGCUAUUGGGUUUUAUCAGGUCCUCCCAUUAACUGGAAAAAUCACCACAAGGGUUGGGAAAGGACAGAAGCAAGCCUAAAGCAAGAGCAAGAAGCAAUUGAGGAUCUUGCUAAGCGUCUAUGCUGGAAGAAGAUUGCUGAAAAGGGUGAUCUGGCUGUAUGGCAAAAGCCUACCAAUCACAUUCACUGUAUCAAAAAACGGAAAAUCUUCAAAGUUCCCCCAUUUUGUCAGGGUGGGAAUCCUGAUACAGCUUGGUACCAGAAGAUGGAGACAUGCAUAACUCCUUUACCUACAGUUAAGAACAUUGAAGAAACUGCAGGGCUGGCUGUAGAAAAAUGGCCAAAACGAUUGACAGCUGUUCCACCCAGAGUAAAAAGAAGUACCAUCACUGGGGUAACAACUCAAACAUUCAAUCAAGAUACAAGAUUGUGGACCAAGCGACUAAUCUACUAUAGAAGGUUCAUUGAAAGUAUUACUGAUGGAAAAUAUCGUAACAUAAUGGACAUGAAUGCUGGCUUGGGAGGCUUUGCUGCUGCUCUGGCCGAUUACCCAGUAUGGGUAAUGAACGUUGUCCCACCAGAUGCUAAAAACAAUACUCUUGGCACCAUAUAUGAAAGAGGCCUGAUUGGAACUUAUUUGGACUGGUGUGAAGCUUUCUCAACAUAUCCCAGAACCUAUGACCUUAUUCAUGCUGAUGGCAUUUUCAGCAUGUACCAAGAUAGGUGUGAUAUCAUAGACAUUCUUCUUGAGAUGGAUCGUAUUGUACGCCCAGAGGGAGCAGUCAUUAUUCGUGAUCAUGUAGAUGUUCUGGUUAAAGUAAAGAAAAUAACUGAUAGCAUGAGCUGGGAGAGCCAUCUUGCACAUAAUGAAAGAGGUCCCUUCAGCGUAGAAAAGAUCCUUUUUGUUAACUCUACGAGGUUGGCCAAUAGCUACCAAGCAUUAUAUAGUAGAUGAUUUGAAGUUCACCAUCAGAAGUUAAGAAACAGAGAGGUAACAUUCCUAGUAGAAGUUAGAAGCAGAGAGGUCUAGAUUCCCAUCAAGAUUCUAUUUUUUUUAAAGGGAUAAUCGCUUUUGAUCUGGAGCUAUCAAUCAGAUCAAGAUUCUAAUUUAAUUUAUCAAAGAUUUUAGAUUACAUUUCUAUCAGGGCUUCCGGUAAGAAAGAGUUUGAAGGAUGUGUAUAUAGAAAAUGUCAAAGAACACAUAUGAUCAAUAAACAGUGAGUUUGAAGUAUUUUCCAAUA